AAAGCGUACAAUUUGUAUCGUUUUGAGUUAGAAUAUUCUAUAGUGUGAAGAAUAACUUUUAUUUGAACAACGAAUAAUUGACGUGACCAAGAUGGGAUUGAGUUUUCGGCAAUUCUUAUUCUUUUUUGCCUUGUUUUUCGUGUGCGUGAGCUGCUUUGGUGUGGACUCGUUACAAUGUGGACGAAUGAGGAAAUAUGGUAUAAAGGUGUUGAAUGAUAAAAAGAAACAGGUUGAUGGCGCUCGAUUUACUUACCAAUUGUUUAAAUCCGAGGUUGAUACGGCUAGUGGUUAUUCGAGAGUUACCGAUAGCAGUUGCUGUAUGUGUUGCAACACAAUGGCGACAGAACCAAAACGAUGUGUUCGAUUAAAAAAAAAUAGACCAGCAUGGGGAUCCAAAAAACAUCCGUAUAGUUACACCUAUACUAUCCUUGAUGCGACUUAUGGCAUAGAUGGAACAAAAUAUGACUUUGUCCAUAAUAAUGUCUCAGAUACAUGUUGUAUUGGUAGCGCUGGCUACACAUUCGAAGAGACAAAUGAUAAUGUCAAGAAAUAUAAAUUGCAUUUUUGAAUUAAAGUGGAAUAAAUAGAAUAAAGAAAUUUUCAUUCGCAAUGAAUAAAGAACAAAAAA